AUGGAAGCAGAGAGAAGCCAAAGGAUGGGAAAUGCCUGCGUCCCCCUGAAAAGAAUUGCUUAUUUCCUAUGUCUCUUAUCUGCGCUUUUGCUGACUGAGGGGAAGAAACCAACGAAGCCAAAAUGCCCUGCCGUGUGUACUUGUACCAAAGAUAAUGCUUUAUGUGAGAAUGCCAGAUCCAUCCCACGCACCGUUCCUCCUGAUGUUAUCUCAUUAUCCUUUGUGAGAUCUGGUUUUACUGAAAUCUCAGAAGGGAGUUUUUUAUUCACACCAUCGCUGCAGCUCUUGUUAUUCACAUCGAACUCCUUUGAUGUGAUCAGUGAUGAUGCAUUUAUUGGUCUUCCACAUUUAGAGUAUUUAUUCAUAGAAAACAACAACAUCAAGUCAAUUUCAAGACAUACUUUCCGGGGACUCAAGUCUUUAAUUCACCUGAGCCUUGCAAACAACAAUCUCCAGACACUCCCAAAAGAUAUUUUCAAAGGCCUGGAUUCCUUAACAAAUGUGGACCUAAGGGGGAAUUCAUUUAAUUGUGACUGUAAAUUGAAGUGGCUGGUGGAAUGGCUAGACCACACCAACGCAACUGUCGAGGACAUCUACUGCGAAGGCCCCCCAGAAUACAAGAAGCGCAAAAUCAAUAGUCUCUCCUCCAAGGAUUUUGAUUGCAUCAUUACAGAAUUUGCGAAGUCUCAAGACCUACCUUAUCAAUCACUGUCCAUAGACACUUUUUCUUAUCUGAACGAUGAGUAUGUAGUCAUUGCUCAGCCUUUUACUGGAAAAUGCAUUUUCCUUGAAUGGGAUCAUGUAGAGAAGACCUUCCGGAAUUAUGACAACAUUACAGGCACGUCCACUGUGGUGUGCAAGCCUAUAGUCAUUGAAACUCAGCUCUACGUCAUUGUGGCCCAACUGUUUGGCGGCUCUCACAUCUAUAAACGAGACGGUUUUGCUAAUAAAUUCAUAAAAAUCCAGGAUAUUGAAAUUCUGAAAAUUAGAAAACCCAAUGACAUUGAAACAUUCAAUAUUGAGAACAACUGGUACUUUGUUGUUGCUGACAGUUCAAAAGCUGGCUUUACUACCAUUUACAAAUGGAACGGAAAUGGAUUCUACUCCCAUCAGUCCUUACAUGCGUGGUAUAGGGACACUGAUGUGGAAUAUUUAGAAAUAGCCAGAACACCUCAAACACUCAGAACGCCUCAUUUAAUUCUGUCCAGUAGCUCCCAGCGCCCUGUCAUUUAUCAGUGGAACAAAGCAACACAGUUAUUCACUAACCAAACUGACAUUCCUAACAUGGAGGAUGUAUACGCAGUAAAGCACUUCUCGGUGAAAGGUGACGUGUACAUUUGCUUGACAAGAUUCAUAGGUGAUUCUAAAGUAAUGAAAUGGGGAGGUGCCUCAUUUCAGGAUAUUCAGAGGAUGCCAUCACGAGGAUCCAUGGUGUUCCAGCCUCUGCAGAUUAAUAAUUACCAAUAUGCCAUUCUCGGAAGUGACUACUCCUUUACUCAAGUGUAUAACUGGGAUGCCGACAAAGCCAAAUUUGUGAAAUUCCAGGAAUUAAAUGUUCAGGCACCGAGAUCAUUCACCCAUGUGUCAAUUAAUAAGCGUAAUUUUCUUUUUGCUUCCAGUUUUAAGGGAAAUACACAGAUUUACAAACAUGUCAUAGUUGACUUAAGCGCAUGACGCACCAAAUUCUGUGGCUGCCAUCAGA